ACAUUUGUUGUCAUUAGCAACCACUGGGCUCGCGCUCGGUCGUCUUGGUUAGUUGUUGUGUUGAAAAGUAGGUCAUUUAAAAGGUAUCAAGUAAGGUCAACUUCAAUUUAAACAGUUGAUUUUAUGUAAGAUAAUGGACUCCAAUUCCCUGUACUAUUCUCUGGAACUUGUUGCUGGUAGUGGGAAUGUUUUAUCCGUCGAACAAAGAGCCGCCAUGCAGACUUCCAUGGUCAUUCUGAAGAAAAACUACAAGUUCGAACGAGUCUUGUUUUGGGGCAAAAUACUGGGAAUAAAGGGGGAAUACUUCAUCGCCCAGGGGAGAGGAGAAGAUGAGAUGAAAGACAGGAAGAAUCUCUACAGCUUCAACUGUGUGGACUGGCUCCUGCUUCCCCCAGCCACCGACUCUCUGAUUGAAGAAGUGGCAAAAGCUGCAAAGGGUCGCUUCAUGGGAGACCCCUCCUAUGUGUAUGAACAGACGGUCCAGAGUGAAGGAGAGCGGGAAGCGGGUGCACAGGAGGCCGUGAGCAAAGUGAGUGAGGAGAACAGGCUGGCGGUGACCGUUCACCUCAUUGAUGAAGAAGUGUCUGUGGUGCCUCGGGGUGCCUUCAUCAAGAAUCCACAUGGCCUCGUGCAGAUCAACCGCAGCUUUGGUGGUCUCUCUGACUCAGAAGCGAGGAAGCUGAAUAACUUCAUGCACUUCACUGAACCAAAGAAUGUAAAGAGGAAGCCCAUCCCUGAGAUGGGCGAAAGCACCCCAGCUAUUGACUUUCUGGAAGUACUGAGUGAUGACAUUCCUAAAGGUUCGUGGAGCCUUCAGUUUGAAUGCGCAAGCAAAGUGUGUGUGCUGCGCAGCCUCCUGUGGCUUGGACUGACUUUCUACCAUGUGCCCAUGACACCAUUGCAUGGAUACGUCUACAUCGGUGACGGGAUGAAAAAUAUAGACCUUCCUUUCAUGUUAUGA